AUGGUUAGCUUUAAAAAAGGCUAUAAGAAAAACCGCCCUCGUCAGGGCGAAUCACAACGUCUUCAGAUCCUCCAGUGGAAUGCUGGAGGAAUGUCUCCGGACAAAAAGAUCCAAAUACAGAAAAUCCUGCAAACCUAUGAUGUAGACAUUUUCACAAUUAUGGAAGCUAACAUUUCGGAUGACAAACUGAAGUACUACCAAUUCCCAGGUUACACACUGUACAAUCUACCUAAAUACCGGCAAGUUGCAAGUGGAAUUCUAACUGGAGUAAAAGAUGGCCCCACCUCACGCUACGACCUAAUCAAGAGUAUGGGCUCGACACAAGACAAAUGUGAAAUAAUCAGAUUAAAUUUUUGGAAAUGUCAAAGCCAAUUCAAGAUAUAUGCAGUCUAUAAUCCUCCCCAGAAUUGUCCAAACUUUGACUUUCUGAACAUCUCACACAAAACUAUAGUAUUAGGAGACUUCAACGCCCACUCCACCAGAUGGGGCUACAGGGAUACAAACAUAGCUGGAAAGGAAAUUGAAGACAUGCUAAACAGCAACAUUCUGGAACUUAUUUAUAGCAAUGAGGAUCCGGCUACAUAUUUGCACUACAAUGGAUCCAGAACAACUCCUGAUUUACUCUUGACUUCAAGCGACAUCAAUGAGCAUACACGCCGCAAAAUAAUUGACGAUCCUGGUUCUGGUCACAAACCAGUGAAUUUAUACCCUGUCAAGAUGGAAUUUGUCGACAAUGAAGUUUUAGUCCUGCUUUUCGAUUCCCUUAUGCAUGACCUUAAGCAAGCUUGGGAAGCACUUGACUCCAGUUUAAGAUCAGAAGUUUGGUUCACAACAUCAGAGUACAUGGAGAUAACUGAACAGAUUGAUGGGCUUCGUACAAGGGCUCUGCUCCUUCGGAGACAAUUCAUCUACUUUAACCUUUACCUAAAUAAGGUCAUCGUUAAAAAUGGUGCGGAGUAUGAGAUACUCCAUCAUUUCAUUCGACGUUUAAGCCAAUCGAUUGCCGAAUUGGAGGAAUAUAGGCAAAAUUUUGAUCAUCGACAUAACGAAACUUUGAAUCUUAACAGUUUAACUUGA